AUGGACGUAGCCCGAUCAGUGAACGACGCCUACCUGGCACAGUGCAUCGCAUCCAUCCCCGAGGAUCGCCUCAUUGGUCCUCUCAAGCCAACCAUCAACGAGAUCUUCUCUGCCUGCCUCAGAUAUUUGAGCGAUGUGAAUUUCAUCCGAGUGGCUCAUGCUCUUGAAACCCUAGCCGUGUUUCUGAGGGAGAUCUUCAAGAAGCGGUUUGCAGAGCAGACCUUCACUAUAAUCACGCUCGUUGCAGGGAACGCGGACAGUGGGGAUGCCUAUUUCAAGAAGCUCAUCUGUGACGUCUCUGGCCUGCUCACAGGGGAUAACGUGCCUGUUCUCAUAAAAGCACUUGGGACAAGUGUCUCCGGCCUGCUCACAGGGGAAAACGUGCCAGUUCUCAUAAAAGCACUUCGGACAAGGCUCUUCCUCAUGCUGCUCACCGCCACAGACAACGUGAACGCCAACCCAGUCGCCUCCUACCUGCUCCUCCACCCCAUCACGGACCCCCUCCUCUCGCUCCUCACCAUCUCCCCUCCACACCACCGCCAGCGCCUUGAAUUCGACACAUCACUCGUCCUCCUCCUCCUGCUGCUGCUGCCGCUGCUGCUGCUCUCAUGCCAAUCCCUUUCCCCCCUCCUCUUUCUCUCUCCCUCCUCUUCCCCUGCCCCCCUUCCCAGGCUCUUCCUGGUGCUUCUGACUGCAACAGACAACGUGAACGCCAACCCAGUCGCCUCCUACCUGCUCCUCCACCCCAUCACGGACCCCCUCCUCUCCCUACUCACCCUCUCCCCUCCGCACCACCGCCAGCGCCUCGAAUUCGAUACCUCACUCGUCCUCCUCCUCCUGCUGCUCUGGCGAAGAGCUUCCAAUCCCUAUGCGGAUAGAAUCGCCUCGUCAGCCAACGCGCCCCUGGUUCCCCUGCUCCAUACGAUUCACUCGCUGCUCUCGCUUUCCCAGGAGCCGGGGCAGGGGAGUGGGGGGAUGGCGGGGGCAGGAGGGGGGGGAGGGGGAGGGGCAGGGGCAGCGGGAGGGGCAGGAGGAGGAGGAGGUGGGACGGGAGGAGGCGAAGGGGCGAUUUUAGGAGGGAUUAGCUCUUAUUUGCCUUCUAUGGGCGUAAUUUCGUCUCAAGCGUCAUCAGCUUUGUCUGUAGUGGCCUUUGCCACGUCAGCAGCCACCCAGGCACUGUACAGUUACGCUAGCACGGCUAUAGGGGGGAUAGCGAGCGGGAAAGGGCUUGGAGAACUGCCCCCUAUAACUAGUGUGAUUGUAGAGAAGUUCACGGAGAGAGGGAGCGGAGCAGGGGAGGUGGAUGGUCAGUGGGCAUAUGGGACGUGUGGGGUGCUGCUGCUGUAUUUCCUCGUCGCACUCAACCCCACUGCAAGAUCCCCUUCUCUGUGGCCGCAUGAGGGCUUCAUUGUCGGACCUGGCAAGUCUCUCUCCCUCCUGUGGGGCGACUGCCUGCGCCUGCUGCUGCUCACCUGCCGAGACGCCUUUGACCCGCACGCCCUGCAAGGGGAGGGAGGGCUACCGAGGGCAAAGGUGCUUUUCCUCUUAGCCCGUCUGCUGCUAGAGGAGCGACAUACUGCCGAGUUUCUCUUCAGAUGCGACCCUGCCACCUUCCUCAUGCACUCCCUCGAGCCUCCCAGCCCCUCAUCACCUGGUACGACCCCUCCCAGCCUGUCAUCCCCACAUUCCCCGCAUUCCCCGCACUCCUCAUCCCACCCGCUCUCCUCCGUGUUCCACGCAUUUUUCAAUCAGUAUCGCCCUUUCUCCCCCACUCCCCAUCCCUCCCUUCCACAGCCGUCUCCCCUCAUUCUCCACAGCUACGCCAUCCCACCCCGUCUAUUCCAUAUCUCACACAUUCUUCAACUCAUCUCUUUUCCCCCCUCUCUCUCCCUGACUCCACCCACCCAACCCGUAUAUGCAGCCAUGUCCCCUCGUUCCCCGCGCACGCCAUCCCACCCACGCUCCUCCAUGUCCCACGCAUUCUUCAACAUGGGAGUAGCGGUCCUCUCCCUCCCCCUUCCCCCCACGCCCACACCUGCCCAACCCUCCUUCAACACACUCCCUCCCUCCAUCUCCCACACCUCCAACCCCCCCACCUCCGCCUCCUCCUCUUCCUCCUCCUCUCACCCCUCCUCCUCCUCCUCCCACUCCUCACUCUCCUCCACUCCCUCCUCCUCCUCGCAACCCGCCCCCUCGAUGGACCCAGACGCGCUGGUGAGGGCAGCGGUGGUGGUGUCUCUGGUGCUCAACUUCGCGCGCGCCAAGGGGGUGGCGCUGAGCACGGCAACAGUGGACUGGUUUGGCCUCUGGCGGUCUCUCAUUCGGAUAUGUGAUUGGUGCCGCGCGGAAAGCAACUUCCAGCGCCCAGGGGUGCCAGAGGUGGCAGAAAUCUCAUUGGGCCUUUUAGAGGCAUGUGUGGGAGCAGGAGCAGACCUGGUGGGCGGGUCAGGGAUUCACUCUGGAGGGAGCAGCGUGGGAGCGGGCGGGUGUGACGAUCUGGAGAUGCUGCACGCGCUGCUGCUGGCGCACAUGGGGGUGUUUGAGGGGCUGCAGGCGACGGCUGAGAGAAUCACUUUUGGGGCGGCUGCUAAAGUGUCCAUCACUGGAGGGAUCACUCUGGUGAAUAUCAAGGAGUUAAGAGAUCACUACGAGGUGCAGGCAGCAGGCAUGGGCAUGCGGCUGGGCAGCAUAACAGAGGAGCAAGCGCUAACAGUGAUCCGCAAGAAGGGCAUGAGUGGACUGAAGGUGAAGCCACGUCAUGUGGGCCCCACACACGUGUACUCAGAGGGCACGGCGGAGCUCCGGAUUCUCACUGCUGCCACCCGGCUUCUGGUGGUACACCACCGGAAAAAUUUCUGGUCGUUGUUGCCGAAGCUAGAGCUGGAAAACUAUUGA